AUGUUCGGAAGAUUAAUGCAAUUUCAGACCAAGAGAUUCAUGUCCUCAUCUGCAAUCAGGGCUACUCCACAUUACCAUUUCAAAGAUGGUAUCUAUUCAAAUAUACCAUUCAAGGUUCAUAAUAGAAGAGUUCCAUACGCAGUUCCACACAUAAUUUUCUUCUCUUUGGGUUUCAUUAUUCCAUGCAUUGCUCUAUUUGUUCAGUUCCGGAGAAACGGUGAUUUCCAGAACUUCCAUAAGGUGUUUGGAAAGAAGGAUGAAACUGCAGAAGAAGAAGAGUAA